UCAAUUCGCUUCUUAAGCUUCUCCAUCCAUUUUAUUUCUCUCUCUUCGUUCUCUAUUGUUCUAAGUGUUUUGUUCUGGUUAAAGCAAGAAGAAAGAAAAUGAGUGAAGUGAACUUGGAGGGUAGGAGUCUGUUGGACGAGCUGAAAAGCUUUGACAAGGGCUCGCUCUUCGACUUUGGCCAUCCUCUCCUCAAUCGCGUUGCCGAGAGCUUCGUCAAGGCCGCUGGGAUUGGUGCUCUCCAAGCAGUUUCCCGAGAGGUCUAUUUCAGUGCAGUGGAUGGUUCUAGUAUUGAUUCAGGCACUGUGCCUGAGCUCCCGGGUGCAAGGAAGCGCAGGUUCCCAGAUCUGAGAGGAGAACAUAAUGGGAAAUCUCUUGAAGCACUGGUGAGGUAUACUGGGAGGGAAUCUUUCCAAUGGGGACUGACUGCUGGCAUUUACUCAGGGAUAACAUAUGGGCUGAGAGAGGCCAGAGGAACUCAUGAUUGGAAGAAUAGUGUGGUUGCUGGGGCUGUUACAGGAGCAGCACUAGCCUUAACACUGCAGGAUACAACUCAUGAGCAAUUGGUGCAGUGCGCCAUAACUGGAGCAGCUCUCUCUACUGCAGCUAAUCUUCUCAGGGGCAUAUUCUAGUUAGGGGAUCGAUGAUGCCAAAUGAUUCAAGUAGAGGCAAAGCUUCAGCUGGAAAUUGUGUGUUCUUAUCUAUCUUUUUUCACUUUCUAAGUAUGUUUUAGGAGUUCUUCCUUUCUUUCUUUCUUUCUUUAGGAUCUAUCUCUUGAAUGAUGAACUGCUUCCAAUAAUGAUGGAUCGAGUGAUGAACUAUUCGUGUUGUUUUCAA